AUGGACCAAGAAAAACAACUACAUCCACCAGCACCAGAUCAGGCGUUAGAGCAAGUAGCACGAGAACAAGCAAGAAGCAAGCGUACAUCAUACGUGAUCAAAGGAUGCACCAUUGCAUUGCUCUUGGUAAUAAUCGCUGCAUUGGUCGCCUUGCCACAAAUGUUUGGUGGAUCCACGAACAAUGAUGACAAUAACAAUCGACAUCAUGACAACACGGCAUCGUCACCGCCGCCUCCUCCACCACCGCCUGUACCCUCUCCACAUCCCAGUGGCCCUAAUACUACCAUCAUUCGAGAUACACGAUUACAUCAAUCAUUCUAUGGCAUGGACUAUACACCUCAUGGCAGUCAGUAUUAUGAAGGAUGUGGUGUGACCUUGGAUGCUGUAUUGGAAGACAUCAAGAUCAUGAGCCAAUUGACAACACGCGUACGGCUAUAUGGUAUGGAUUGUGAUCAAGCAGGAUUGGUAGUACAAGCGAUCAAGCUCUUGCGUGUGGAUAUGGGCGUGAUGUUGACGUUAUGGGUCGAUGGUAAUUCGACCACGUAUCAACGUCAAUACAACACAUUUUGGAAAUUCCUGCAAGACCAUGGUGCUGAUCAUGUGCUGGGUGUCUCUGUUGGCAAUGAAGCCGUGUAUCGACGUCAAAUGGAGGCAUCUGAUUUGAUCACAUUAAUGCAAGAUGUCAAGCAACGAUUGAAAUCAAUGGGGCUAGAGCAAAUUCCUGUAUUUACAACCGAGAUUCGAGAUUUGAAACAUUUGAUUCCUCAUGAAGAUGCUGUACUUGAUAAUGUACAUCCAUUCUUUGCUGGUACACGUCCCGAGGAUGCAGCUGAUUGGACAUGGCAAUACUUUUAUGAUGUGGAUCAGUACCCUACCCUGAUCGAUGCCAAAGGAAGGAUGCAAGAAACACAAGCCAAACCUGCCAUCAUUUCCGAAAUUGGAUGGCCCACAGAACCAGCAGCCCAUCGUGUCAAGGGAGCUGUACCAUCCAUAGCCAACCAGCAAACAUUACUGGAUACUUUUGUAUGUCAAGCCAACCAACGACAACUUCCCUAUUAUUGGUUCGAGUUCAAGGAUCAACCUUGGAAGGCGGCUUUAUUUAACGAGACACGAGAAUCCUAUUGGGGUCUCUUUGAUAAGGAUCUCAAUCUCAAGCCAUCACGCAUACCCAAGUGCAAUCAUAACGUACAUUCUUGGCAAAAGGGCAAAUACACGGUCCCCCAACCAGCACCUCUCCCUGACAAGUCAUCAUCCAAAAGCACUCCUUAA